GUGUGGUAAUUGCGUAUGAGCCAAAACAAUGUUGUUUACGUCAGUGUGAAGUUUAUUAGUGACGCGAUUGAGUACAGAGUUACGCCUUAAUUUUCAGUGUAUGGAUGGAUUUUUUUAGAUUAAGUUUUUAAGUGGAAAAUAAUGGUUUGCUGCGCGAUUGCCGGUUGUACUAACCAUAGCAGACAAGUAAAUAAGUUGGGAAUUAAGUUUCAUAUAUUUCCCAAAAAGAGUGAGACGAAACAAAAAUGGAUAAAUGCAUGUAAACGUGCAGAUUCGUUUUCCGUUGAAAAUGCUCGUGUCUGCUCAAUACAUUUUACUGAUUUGGAUUAUGAAAGGGAUUUGAAAAGUGAACUGUUGAACAUUCCUUCGAAACGCAAACUGAAGACUGAUGCUGUACCAACACUAAAUAUACCGUCUUCCGGUGCCGGUAUAGGGUUUAGUAAUGAGCGUAAUGAUGAGAGAGAUGUGCGGGCACAAAAACGAAGCUACCGCCAAGAGGAUAUUGUACAGAAGACUGCACAAGGAGAACAUCGAAGUCCUGUAUGUGGUGUGACUGUCAUCAAACAUGAGCCAGUGGCUGUCCCACUCACAUUUCCGAAGCAAGAGAUGGAGCUUCUAUCUGUUAAGGAAGAACCUUUGGAUUGGGAGGUGCCUGAUGGCCACGUUAGCACACAGGAUCCACUAAAUAUCGUUAAAGAGGCGUGUUCACCUUCAGAUGAUUGUCUCGGGCCUAGACCACUCGAUACUGGAAAGACAGAGGAUGACGAAGAUGAGGAGGCAAUGAGUGAGGAUGACUUUGUGGUGGUCAAACAUGAAGUGGAGUCAGUUGGUAGUGACAGUGAACAAGAAAGUGCUAUCCCUGUUGGCGUGGAGAACAUCAAGCAUAAUGAUGACAGCAGUAGUUUGGUUUCCAACGUUUCUCUGGGUGCAGGAACAGGCAACAGGAUACAAUGCACCACCAAGGAGGAUACACCCUUUGGGAAUAAGAGUGAUACAGUGCAUGUGGGCCACAGAAGUGGCAUCUGCAAAAAGUUCGCACAGUUGCAGGAAAUGAAGAAGCACGCUCACGUGGAGAGGCGUGAACUUCUACAUCUGUGCGGUGUUUGUCACAAAACAUUCACAAUGAGUAGCAGUUUGAAGAGACACUUCCUCUUACACACUGGUGAACGCCCUUACGUCUGUGGGAUUUGCAGCAAGACAUUUACACAAAGUUAUCAUCUCAAACUGCAUUCGAGGCUACACUCUGGUGAACGUCCCUACGUCUGUAGUGUUUGCAGCAAGUCAUUCAUACAAAAUAGUGACAUGAAGCGGCAUUUGCUGUUGCAUACUGACAUAUACCCAUACAAGUGUGAUGUUUGUCACAAGUCAUUCAUACAAAAUAGUGAACUGACACAGCAUUUGCAGUUGCACACUGGUGAACGCCCAUACAUUUGUGUCGUUUGCAAGAAGACAUUCAACCAAAAUACUGAACUGAAGGAGCAUUUGCGGGUACACAUUGAUGAAUGCACAUACAGCUGUGGCGUAUGCAACAAGACAUUCAUGCGAAAUAGUCAGCUGAAGAGGCAUUCACGGUUGCACAGUAACAAAACUGCUAAAUCUGUGAAGCGUGUCAUAAGAGAUUCAAGAGCAUCAGCAAGUUGAAGGAACACUCACAGCUGCUGCACACUGGUGGAAAACCACAAAGUUGCAACAUUUGUCAAUAGGAUUUCUGUUAUUGCAGCAACCUGAGAAUAGUUUCUCUCAUGAGGUAAUGCCCAUCUUAUGUAUUUUCAUAAAGAUUCGCGAUGAGCCACAGACUGUAGAAGCAUUCAUUUUUGCUCACAUCUGCAGCUCAUGGUCUAGUGGCUAGUGUUGCUGCCUCUGAAUCAUGGAGUCCCAGGUUCUAUUCCCGGCCAGGUUGGGGAUUUUCUCUGCCCAGGGACUGAGUGUUUGUUUUGUUUUCAUCACAUUCAUUUGUGACAGUAGUUAGAGUGGACUGUGUAAAAAGAAUUGGACUGUGUAC